UGUGAUGCGCUGACAAACACAAGGCUGGAGCACAACUUUAUUCAGCAGCGGGCUUCUUUUUUUUUUUAAUUUCAAAGUGCUGUUAGAGACAGCCAGCGUGACUUUAACUCUAAGCUGAGGGGGGGUCGGCCUCUUAGUUAGGUGGGCGUGUGUGUUUGCUUUGUUUUUAGACGCUUCAAAUACAACUCAGCAUCCCUGUCCUGUGUUGUAUUUCCCAUAUGUCGCGAAGGCAGGUCGACCAUGACUACAACCUCCGAAGUAUGAGCAACCUGAUGGGCGAGAGGUGGAAGAAAGUGAACGACGGAGGGGAGCGGAGUCUCAUCAAGGCUCCCUCCAAUGCCAGCAUCAGCAGCCAGGGCGCCUCCGCUGGUGCUUCCACCGCCGCCGGUGCCCCUCCAGCCGCCUCCUCGUCGUCCACCGGAGACCUGGAGAGGGCUGCCCGCAAGCAGUUCCAGCAGGAUGUUACACCUGGUUUCGUCUACGUCCUGGCCAUCUUCUCCGCACUGGGGGGCUUCCUUUUUGGCUAUGACACCGGGGUGAUCUCCGGGGCGAUGCUCCUGCUGAAGCGGGAGCUGGAACUGAGCUCACUGUGGCAGGAGGUGCUCAUAUCAAGUACUGUGGCCGCAGCCGCCCUCUCUGCCCCGCUGGGCGGCUUCCUCAACGGGGUGUUCGGGCGCAGAGUGUGCAUACUGCUCGCCAGCUUCUUUUUCGCCGUGGGGGGAAUCGUACUAAGCAGCGCUCCCGGUAAAGAGGUGCUCCUGGCGGGGAGACUCAUCGUCGGAGUGGGGCUUGGUAUUGCUUCUAUGACGGUGCCCGUGUACAUUGCUGAGGCCUCUCCACCCCACCUCAGGGGUCAGCUAGUGACCGUUAACACUCUCUUCAUCACGGGGGGACAGUUCACAGCCAGCCUCAUCGACGGAGCCUUCAGCUAUCUGCACCAUGACGGUUGGAGGUACAUGUUGGGUCUGUCUGUGCUCCCCGCUGUGCUCCAGUUCAUAGGAUUCCUCUUCCUGCCGGAGAGCCCUCGCUGGUUAAUUCAGCGUGGGCUGACCCAGAAGGCCCGCCGCGUGCUCAGUCAGAUCCGAGGCAACCAGAACAUAGACGAGGAGUACGACAGCAUCAAAAACAGCAUUGAGGAAGAGGAGAAGGACAGCGGAGGAGAUGGCCCAGUGAUCUGGCGGAUGCUGACCUACCCCCCGACCCGGCGAGCCCUCAUGGUGGGCUGUGGUCUUCAGAUGUUCCAGCAGCUUUCAGGAAUCAACACAGUCAUGUACUACAGCGCCACCAUCCUGCAGAUGUCAGGAGUGCGGGAUGACAGGUUGGCAAUCUGGCUGGCCGGACUAACCACCCUUACCAACUUCCUGUUUACUCUGCUGGGAGUGUGGUUGGUGGAGAGAGUGGGGCGUAGGAAGCUCACCUUAGGCAGUAUAAUUGGCACAUGUUUGAGUUUGAGUCUGUUGGCCAUCGGUUUCCUAAUGUCUGCAGAGCACAGUCCUCCUGUCACCUACCACCCAUUAGACCCCGCCAUGGCCAACUCUACCUGUUCCAAGUACCAGGUGUGUGAGCCGUGCAUGCUGGAUCCUGGAUGUGGCUUCUGUUACCGUGAGAAUGGCUCGGCGCUCCUUACCUCCUCCUGUGUGCCAGUCAAUAAGGCCUCCACUGAGCACGCAGCAUGGGGCAGAUGUUCCAACUCCACCCUGAUGAGAGAUCAAACCUACUGGGCCUACAACUACUGUCCCACCUCCUUCUCCUGGCUGGUUUUACUGGGUCUGGUGCUCUACUUGGCUGCAUUUGCUCCAGGUAUGGGUCCGAUGCCGUGGACCAUCAACUCUGAGAUCUAUCCUCUGUGGGCAAGGAGCACAGGGAACGCCUGCGCUGCAGGAGUCAACUGGACCUUCAACAUUCUGGUGUCACUUACCUUCCUCCACCUGGCUCAGUACAUCACCUACUAUGGAGCUUUCUUCCUGUACUCCAGCAUGGCCCUGCUGGGUUUUGCCUUCACAUAUGGCUGCCUGCCAGAAACCAAAUCCCGGCGCCUGGAGGAGAUCGAGGCGCUGUUCGAAAACCAGCUUUGUUCUUGCGGCGCCUCUGAUUCAGAUGAGGGACGGCAGGUUGAGUACAUCCGGGUCAAAGGUUCAAACUACCAUCUAUCGGACAAUGACGCAUCAGAUGUAGACUAGAUGUAGACAGAUGUAGUGUUGCUGACCUCCCUCUGGGUGUUUCAUUAGCCGUUUUACUGAAACAUACAGAGCGGCUGGGUCUGUAAUGGUUUUCUUUUUCUGUAAUCUGAGGAGCUACUGGUUUCCCUCAGUCAGAGGUUGGAAAUCACAUUUCAGAAGACUGUGCUUCUAUCAGUAACAUGUACCAGUUCACUUUCAGAGCAGUCAAUUCAGGAAAUCCCAAUCAGCACUAAAUGCUUUAGCAUAAAUAUUUCUCUUCAGUUUAUUCUCUAAAUUCAGGGCUGAACUGAUUUCAGACCAGUUUAAGUCAGCAGCUGACUUUUCAACCAUGUCCAACAGCUAGCUCAACUAUAGAAGUCCACAACAUUGCCUUCUUCACUGAUAGUAGGCAAAGUGUAAUUCAUAGAACUCCAGUGUCUUUUUCAUAGGUAUGACUGUUUACCAGAUACAAAGAUACAAAAUACAAGGGACUCGGAUUGUCCCUAAUAUUUUGUGAUUUUAUGAUUUAGAUACAGUUUUUUGCCAGAGCAUCGUGUCCGAAUACAAUUACAGUGAAUAAAACCUUUGUUGACUGGACAGCAGCUCUUGUUGUUUGUCUUUCGUACCAUUAUGCCUUGGUGUAUGAGACACGUUUCGCUGUCUUGUUGGUUCAGCUUGUAGCAUAACACACUUUAAUGUCAGCUCCUUGUGCUGAUCGGUCUUCUGUUUGCAGUUUAUGUUUCUCUGAAAAGCAGUCACCACAGAUGCACAGUAUAUCAUUACAGCUUAGGAAAACUUGUAUUUGUCAGCGGGUGCCGAAACAAAACCACUGAGCACCUCAGCACUGAAAGGACUAUAAGUCCUCAUGCUAUGGUUUGUAUAUUUAUUUAUUUAUUUUAAAUGCUUUUGUUAAUCCAGGUCAAGAUGAAUUAAAACAUUUCUUUAGCACUGUUUAUUUUUUAAUUUCAAAUACGUUUUGCAAAACCCACCCAAUGAAGCAAUGUUGCACACCCAAGUGCGUCAUGAACUUUUGCUUGCCAUUAUUUCUGGAUAUACCGUAUCCACAUCCAGCAAAGACAACCUGGCUGUUCUGUCUGUAUCAGUAACGUAAGCUUUAGUUUGAUGACUGAGAUUUUUAAGUGUUUCAACCUAUCUGAACAUGACAACAUUAGUGCCUGUGUAUUGUGAAGGUGCCUAAUGGCCAUUUUUCAGUCACAUUCCCCCAUAGGUCUACAUGGCUUAUUUUAUUUUAACAUGUGCAUAUUUGGAUUUCACCUGUAAUGGAAUUUUAUUGACUUUAAUUUCAUGUAUUUUGAUUUGUGUCUUCCUUCACAGCCUUAUGUACAAAUAGCAGAGCAUAUCAUUUAUGUAGUUCUUGUGUCAAAAGUUGAGGAGUAGGCUUUAGCGUAACUUGGCAAUGUUGUUUUGUAAAAGUGUAAACUGUGUAAGGUUCCACCUUGUUAGCUAAAUACACGUAAUUAUCUGUGUAGCAAAACUGUUGGAAAGUAGAAAACUGUGUGACAAAACAAAACAAAAAAGGGGGUAAAUAAGGGGCUAAAAGGCUGCUGCUGUACUUAGUGAACAGGUUUCUCAUAGCAGUCACGCUGAAGAAAAUUGUAAAAAUACAGUACAAUGAAAUGUUUUCAAAUGGAGGAAUUUUCCAUAUUAAUUUCUUAUAGUUAUUUUCCAUAUUUUUUAAACCCACAUUGAAGUUUACCAUUUACAGAAAUACCCAUAAACAUCCACAAAAACAGAUAAAGCACUGGCCUUUUUUAGUUUUUUUUUUUCCUUUGAGCAGUGCAAUGGAUCCUAACCCAUCAUCAUUUAUAGACUUUAAUACCUGAAGCUGACCCUCAAAUUCAGUGACCUUUUAAAAUUCAGUGGUAUUUCCAGCGAGUAUUGUAGUAAUUUUGGUGUUUUCAAGGUGUCACAAUGACACACACAUGCAUAUGGGAAUAGCUGAGUUUAAAAAGAAAGACAUUAAUGACAUACUGUAGCACACAAGCACCCUCAUGUGGAAAAUCUAUAACUGUUCAAGAACAA